AUGCCACGUUCGAUAAUUGGUUCACCUAGCGAACCCACUACCACAACCAAAACAGUGACCAGAACAGUGACGACCGGAUUCCAGACCGAGAUCAUCACUACGGCCAUAACCACCACCAUCAUUCGAAAAAAGUGGUGGACCGACUCACCCGACAGGGGACGAUCCUCUAUCGAUAUGAGCGAAGAGAGAGAUCCGUUCCAAGGAGAUAUCCAGCAUGCUGCUCACGUCAGUGGUGACUGUGUUAGACUCUUCGAAACCAUGUCAAGCACCGCUGCUGUUUCUUUCCUGGCCGCUAUCGCAUCUCAACCGCUAAGAGAUAACGGAAAUAAUGGAAAUAGCGCAAGAUGGUCUGUGGAGGCCGAAGAAGAUGGUGCAAUUCUUGGAUUCUUCAAUGAAACCAUGAAAAAGGAUAAAACUGAUUGGAGCGGUUUCAGAUCCAUUUACAAGAUGAAGAGUCAUGUCGCCUUCCAAAAGUUGCUCGAAUCCUAUGCUGGAGGUCACUACGAUACAUUGCGACUCUUGUUCAACGGCAGCAGAUUAAGUGAUCUGGCCGAACACACGCCAAGGAUGGAAGAAAUGGCGCCUGGAAAGGCUUAUGAGAUAGAAAUCAAAAACGAACAAGUUGGCGGGAUGCCUGCUUGUGUCUUCCGACGAAUGUUGAAAGGGGGUCCUACCUUCGAUCGUAACAAUGAUAUCUGA